AUGCUUUAAAGACAUUCUGAAACUAUUGAAUAUAUGAGAGAAUGCUUUAGAUAAAAAAUACUGAGAGAACAAAGAGAGGCCAUCUUUAAAAAUAAAAGAAAACCAUUAGAUUGUUAGAAACAAUGUGUCUACAAGAAUGAUUCUUUAAAUAACUAAUUUAAUUCUUUAUAAUUAGGAGAUAGACAAAAUAACAAUGAAAUAUAAGUCAACACAUUAGAUAAGAAUCAUUAAGAGAUGAAUAUUUAAUAAUAGAUGCUUUAAAUUUUAAAUGCUGAAUUUAUAAAUAAUUUCAAAUUAAUUAAAUUAGAAACCAAUUUAUUAGUUUCUUUGAAAUAAUUUCCAGCUUUUAGUAAUGAAGAAUAAUUGACUCUCUGGUUUCAAUUAAUUGAAUAGAUUAUAAUAUCAUCAGACUUUUAAAACAUUAUUAUAAAUAUAGCACAAUUAGAAUAAGUUAUUAAUUAGGCAAUUUAAUUAAAAAAAUUUGAUUCAUUAUUUAGAAUUUUAAAUUGCCUGCUGAAAUUAGUAUAAUUAAAUGAUAUUAGUAUAUUAAAAUAUUUUGAAUGUGAGUAGAUGUAUGAAUACUUAAUAUAUGCAUUACAAAAUUAAUAAAUAAAUGCAAUAAUAAUUUGUGAAAAAUUACUUGAAAUUUCCUAAUAUGGAACAAUAUUCUUAAUAAGACAAGGAUUAUUGGAUUACAUAUACAAUUUUUUUUUGCAAAACUUUUAAUUCAAGAAUUUCUUCAUAAUAUUAUUAGCAAAGAUUAAUUGUUUAAAUGUGGAAGAAGUAGUAACUAAUUUAAUCAGAUCAAAAAUAUUUAACGAAAUAAUGAAUCUUCAUGGAAGUGAGAUAGAUGGUCAUGGAUAUAAAUGUAUAGGAGUUCUAUUAUAAAGUUUAAUAUAAAAAGUAAAUAAUAAAGAUUUGUUAAAUUAACUAAUAUACAAUUCAAAUUUGAUGUGUAUGUUAUAAUAGAUUUUGGGUUUAUAUCAUAAUGAAGAUCUGAUAUUAAUGGGGAUUCAAAUAUUAUAGAUGAUCUUCAGUAAAUCAAGUAAAGAUUGUAUACAGGAAUUCAAAAAAGUAAAGUAAUAAUUUUAUAAAAUAGGAUAUUCCAUAGAUAUUAUUGCAGUUAUAUUUUUUGAAGAAGUUUUGUGUAGAGAAUACCAUUUCCGAUAAGUUAAAUUAAUUAAUUGAAUAUUGA